AUGGAAGACAAACGAAAGGGGCCCAAAGCCAGCAUCCCGGGUGAACGCGAGGUCGCCCAGGCGCCAUCAUCUGAAGAUGAGUUCCCAAAGCCAACAGUACUCCGCCAGGUGAUUAUCGUUGCAGCGGGCUUCAUGACUAUGUUUAUGACCUGCGCCAUCAUCUUUACAUACGGUGCAUACCAAGCCAUCUAUGAAGAAAUGGCCAAAGAAUCCAACACCCCGUUCACGGGAACCUCAUCCUCAGUUAUCAGUCUAAUUGGCACGCUAUCGAUAGCAAUCAUGUCGAUGGGCGGACCCUUCAUCAUGACCUGGGCGAAAAUCUACGGUCCCCAACCCGUCAUCAUGGCCGGUGGUAUAGUCUUUGGACUAGGCUGCAUUCUCGCCAGUUUAAGCGAGUAUGUGUGGGAAUUUGUUCUGACGCAGGGUCUUCUCGUCGGCCUGGGUACGUGUAUGGCAUACGUGCCGACGAUGUCUGUGGCCCCAACGUGGUUCGAUAAGCGCCGUGGUCUAGCGAUGGGGAUUGUGAUUUCUGGCUCGGCGUGCGGAGCUAUGAUCUGGCCGCCUGUAUUAAGAGCGAUUACCUCGUCGCUCGGGUUCCGGAAUGCGUUGCGGAUCUCAGGUUGUUUGGUGGUAUUGUUUGUGCCGUUGUCGGGAUUCGCAUUGAGAUGGGAGCCGAACUUCAAGGCGAAGGUGCGUGGACAGGUUGCUGGGUUGUCGAGAACUACGGGGUGGCUCAAGGCGCCGCUGGUGAAUUGGCAGGUGGCCAAGUCGGAGAAAUUUGUCGCGCAGGCGCUGGGUUGUUUUUUGCAGUCGGCUGGAUAUUCGACGCCCUUGUUUUUUUACGCGGCGUUUGCGAGGUCGUUGGGUUAUAGUGCUUCCAUGGGGGAUAACUUCAUUACAAUUAGCAAUGCGUCGAACUUUGUAUCGCGCAUUGCUGUGGGUUAUGCGGCGGAUAAGCUUGGGAGGUUGAACGUGCUGUUUUUCACGACCAUGAUGAGUUCGGUAGCGGUGUUUGCGUUUUGGUUACCUGCGACUUAUGCGGGAAUGACCGUCUCUCAAAAUUCAGCUGACGGCUUGUUUAUUAUGUUCACGAUCGCCUAUGGGUGCUUUGGUAGUGCCUAUAUUGCUUUGUUCCCUGCGAGCCUGAUUGAGUUGUUCGGCGUCCAGCAUUUCACUUCGGUGAACGGCGCUCUGUAUCUCAUUCGAGGUAUUGGUGCGCUCGUUGGAACACCAUUGACCGGACUGUUAUUGCCCGGGCAAUCAGCUCUGUCUGCUCCUUUCAACUACGAGAGAGCAACCAUCACAGUUGGAGUGUUGCUCGUCGCAGCUAGCAUGGCAACUCUGUGGGUGAGAAUCACCGGCGCAGCAGGGAAAGCUUGGACAUGGAAGCUGUGA